UUGAGAUAUGUUUUAAUUCUUACCGUCAAUUUCAUAAAUUCAUACCUUUAAAACUGUCCUUAUUUACGAUGCCAUAAAAUAUCUACGUUCAAUUCCACGAAGUUCGUAAUAAUGUCGCUAGCAGACAUACAUAUAGGUAAAUAUAGAUACAUAGGUAAGAAACCACUUCAACGGAAUACACUAGAGUCGGUUGAACUGGACGUGUUCACACGAUUCUCCGUAUCCUAAAUGUAAGGAAACGCGAAAUAGAACUAAAUGCUUCGCGGUCGCACAUUGAAGAUAACGCACUUACGGUUAUUCCAUGUUUUAGUCGUUAGAGCACGGUAUUAUUAGCGACGCGAGGCCGAGGUUCUGCGGCCGGGGGGUGAGACCGGGGCGCGGGGGGAAGAGCUGCCGCGCGCGCAGCCCCGGCGAGGCGGGCCUCGCGCGGCCCCGCCCCGACGCCCGCCAAUCGCCGGCGAGGUGGAGGGGAGCCCGGGCCCCUAGCUUCUAUUUACUCUUUCAAUCAGUGCGAGUGUUUGCCCCUGGCCGGCGUGCACGCGCGGGUGAUGCGCUAGCCAUGAUCUCGCAGAAGCUGUCGUACGGCGACGUGCCGACGUCCGCGUCGCUGUCGUCCCUGUCCCCGGGCCUCGCGCCGCACUACGUGAACGGAAUGGGAUGCAUGCCCACCCAGCCCUACCCGAACCUGUACUCCAACAACAUGGUGGCCGGCGGAUCCUGCAUGGGCUCGCCGGGCGUCGGCUACUCGCCGCCCAGCACCAUGGCGUCCUGCAUGGGCGGCGGCGGCGCCGUGCCCUACGGCUCCCUUCCGCGCGAGCAGGAGGCUGCCUCGCCGACCUCCGCGCUGCAGCGCGCGCGCAAUGACAAGACUUACCGCCGCUCCUACACGCACGCGAAACCUCCUUACUCCUAUAUCUCGCUCAUCACGAUGGCGAUCCAGAACAACCCGUCACGAAUGCUCACGCUCUCCGAAAUCUAUCAGUUCAUCAUGGAUCUGUUCCCGUUCUACAGACAGAACCAGCAGCGCUGGCAGAAUUCUAUUCGACAUUCGCUGUCGUUCAACGACUGCUUCGUGAAAGUGCCACGGACGCCUGACAAGCCCGGGAAGGGCUCGUUCUGGACGCUGCACCCGGACAGCGGGAACAUGUUUGAAAACGGGUGCUUUUUGAGGCGGCAGAAAAGGUUCAAGGACGAGAAGAAGGAGACGAUAAGACAGGCACAGAAGGCGGCGCACACGCACGGUCACCACGGGUCGCACGAGAAGCGCGGAGAGCACGGGCACGAGAAGACGACGGCGGCGGGCCCGGGCGAGGACAAGGAGAUGCGCGAUGACCUGCUGGCGCAGCUUCACGCGGCGCCGGAGCUGUGCCUGCCCGAGCACACGCCGCUGGCGCUGGAACACUACGCGCAGCUGAAGCAAGAGCCGCAGGGAUACGCGCCGCCGCCGCACCCGUUCAGUAUCACGCGCCUGCUGCCGGGCGCCGACACCAAGGCUGACCUCAAGAUGUACGACGUCAACUAUGGCUACGGGCACACGCCCGCGGACAACUACUACCAGUCGCCCCUGUACCACCACCACCAUGCGCACACGCAGCCGCCCUUGUGACAGUAUCCGCUGGCGUAGGCGCGUCGUGCGCCCUGGCACGCCAUCGUCGACCCCGCACCCUAGGCGCGGCCGAAGUAAGUCCCUAGGGCUCGGCAGAGACGUUCUACUAAAAUCUCAUGUUGAUAUUGGACUCCGAGUGAGCGUUGUGAUAUUCGAGGCACCGUCCGCCCUGACGUGACUGUGACUGUUAUAUAUGUGUAAAUAUUUGGGAGUAUUUUCGAUUGAGUCCAUACUGUGUGCGUUUAGUAGGUAGUAGUUAGUGCACGAGGCCCGCGGGGCGGUCGGGCGCUCGCGAUAGGCCUAAACCGUGGGACUGCGACGAAGUGUCCUUUUAGUCCUCUGUGUGAUUCUAUGUUGUGCCAACUCUUAUUGAUUCCACAAAAAACCUUUCACCAACGAGUUAAAACAAAUUUUCUAUAUUUCAAUGUGUUCAAUUUUAAACAUUUCAUCGGAGUCACUUUUAAGCUUGUUUCACUGUCGUUUUGACACAAACUAAAGUAAGAUGCAUAAAAAGUAAGUACCUAGAAUGAUGAUUUAUACAUUCAUGAAAAUUUAUACAUCACUUUAUUUUUUUCUGAAAAUAGUGUAUCAUAUAACAGGGUGGAAAGCUUAAUCAUUAUACUAUGUAGACAACAGCAAGACAUAAUGCGGCGUGAUUGUUGCAAGCGAUCAGCGAUCGAUACGAACUUUAUCGCUUUAUCUAACAGAUAAUAAGCCAAUGAGAGUGUUAGAUAAAUUAUACGUAUAUUUAUUUGAUCAGGGCGCGUUGAACUCUUUUCCCUAAACAAAGCGUUAUCGUCAAUUUACUUGAUUAUCGCUUACGAAACUAAAUAAUAUAUAUUUUUUUAUUUUAUCGAAUUUAUUUUUAUAGUUGCUCAAAAAAAAGAAAUCAGGCAUAGAUAAAUGCAAUUCAUUUUUAAUAUUAAGUUAAUCUCUUAACAUUACAUAUUAUGUGAUAAAAUUUUAAAAUUAUGAACAUGAGUGCAUUAUGAAUGAAAAUGUGGUAGGUAGGUUGAUAAUGGAAUCGUAUUGUGUGUAAAAAAAAAUUAUGUAAAAAAAUCUGAUACACUGAUAACAAUUAAAAGAAUCAGGCAGGCCCUUAUUAAAUCAGUGGAAAAUAUCAAUAUUAUCUAUUUAAAAAAAAUUUGCUCUUUUUUAUUUAUUCUUUAAACUGGUUUUUAAUGAAAAACGUUAUUUAUUAAAUUAUAGUUGAUAGUUGACUUGUGUCAUAUCAUAAAAUCUACUAAGAGUUGGCAUAUCGUAUUGACCACGUGACGUCAUAUCGUGGACCGUCUAACUGUGCAAUGUAUGUUCUGUAAAAUGUGUAUAUUAUAAUAUAAUAUUAGAUAGGCAAAGGAAUUAUAGUUCUGUCAUCGACCAUCGCAUUUAGGAGUUCGAAUUAAGUUGUAUAUAUAGAUAUAAGGUUUAUACAUGAUGUUUGAAAAUAAUUGAUUGGGUAUAAAAGUGAUAAACGGUUGCUGUACAUUGGAAGAUAUUGCAUAAUUCUACAGCUAUAAUUUUUGUUUGUUUUAUUAAUUAAUAUUGUGUAAAUUUACAAAGGAGCGCUUCGUAAAAUUACACAUACAUAUAUAGAAACUUGACGAAUUAUUUCGACGAUUAAAACAAACCAAAAUGUAUGGAACUAGCAAGUACUCGUAAGCAAGAGAAAGAAAAAAUUAAUAAUUUUAAAUUGUUCUUUUUAGAUGUAGGCCUUCUCCAUAAAGCCUAAACCUUAAAAUAACAGUUUAAGGCAAUACAUGGAUGGAUAGAAAGAUAGAUAAUAUUAUGUUGAUCAUAAAUUUUCUGUUUCGAAUUUGAUGAAAAUUUUUUUUGGGCAUCAUGUAUAAAAACUUCUAAAUUAUGGUGUUUGGUGUAAGAUAGGUUCCUAUCUAUGCUUCUGCACAUUCCAUUUAAAUAUAUAUUUAUAUGCAAGAGUAAAUUUAGCUAUGAUAUUAGGUAAUAUUUGACAAGCGCAUUGGUAAUGGUAAUUAUAUUACAUAUUUAAACGUUAUCUCUUUUGUUUUUAUUGAACCAUUUUUGUCAAUGAAUUGAUUGAAACAAAAUUAAAUAAUAAAAGAUAAAAGUAAUGAAUGUAUUUUAUUAAAAUACGUUCAGAAUUUUACAACGAUAACUUGGUUUUUUUUUUAUAACUUGACAAAGACAUAGCUUACCUUGAGACAUACGAAUUAAGUAAAAAAGCCUUGGUAGGUAUAUUAUAACCUUUACAGUUGCUAAUGACACUAAGAUGGUUGUCAUAGCAUUGUAGGGAAAUAUACCGUGAAUACAACAGGACUGACGGCAAAAAAUUGUUGAAAAGGAUGGCAGGAUUUUUAAACAGGAAAACAAUUUAUAAAAUUUAUAAUAUAAUUUUUUGAUUUAAUCUUUUUUGCAUCACCAAAAAGUUGACAUCAAAUAAAAGUAAAAAAAGUAUGUUGUCGUUAGAUGAAAUAAAUUAUUAAUCGCUAGCCAGCUACUAACAUAAAAAAGAUAAAUUUUUCUUUUUACAAUUUUAAUAAAGUACUUACAAAAAAAGGGAAAGGUAGCAUUCCUAGAAUCUGUCAAUGAAAUCACUUUGUGUUGACAUCAGAUAAAUAAAAUAUGAGUCAAUAGUAAAUAAUUAUUAACAUAACUGAUUUUAAAGCUUUUAAAUUGAAACUAUGUAUUUCAACUUAUUUAAACAUUUUGGUGUAUUACACUCUGAAAUGUCAGCAUUUAUAGAUUGACUUAAGUGAGAGUGAACUAAAAUAGUAACAUUAUUCGAAAUCAAGAAUAUCCUGAAAUAUAAUGUCUAAAAUGUAGUGCUAUGAAUAAUAAUAUUAAGUGGUCUUUUGUUCUACAUACAUAGUAAGUAUUAAUUUAAAUUUAAAAAAUGCGUUUAUAAUAAUUGAGGUAUAAACGAAUAAAUCAGUUUUUAAUUUGUACUUUAUUUUUUAACAUUUUUUUUAAAUGCGCUUGCCAAAUCGCGCUUUUUGUGGACAAAUAUCUCAAUAUGGGUCGUGCUAAAUUCAUCCUUGUAGUUAUAAAUACAUAUUAAUGUCUCAUUACUCGAAUAUAGAUAGGACACUUAUUAUAUAUCAUCUGUUAGUUUCAGAGUUAAUAAAAUUAAGUAUUUACAA